UAAAUUCAAUAAAUAAACGGCCAGUGCCCCCCCCCCCCGAAACGGUCCUUGCCGUCGCCCACCGUCCUGUUUCUCCGUCUUUCCAGAAAUGGCAUCGGACGUCUCUCCCUUGGGGGCUGGUUCAGGCACGUCGGGACCAGCCGCAGGAAGCCUCAGCCAGAGGAGCAGCAAGCGGCGGACGGGGCUGGAGUUUGACGAAGAUGGCGAAGGGAACAGCAAAUUCCUCAGGUGCGAGGACGACCAGCUCUCCACGGACAAAGAGCGGUUCGCUAGGUCCGAUGACGAGCAGAGCUCGGCGGAUAAGGAAAGAUUGGCCAGGGAGAACCACAGCGAGAUCGAACGCCGACGGCGGAACAAGAUGACCGCUUACAUCACCGAGCUCUCUGACAUGGUGCCCACCUGUAGCGCCCUGGCUCGCAAGCCGGACAAGUUGACCAUCCUGCGCAUGGCCGUCUCUCACAUGAAGUCGCUGCGGGGCACUGGGAACACCUCCACGGAUGGCACCUACAAGCCAUCUUUCCUCACUGACCAGGAGCUGAAACACUUGAUCCUGGAGGCGGCCGACGGCUUCCUCUUCAUCGUCUCCUGUGAGACGGGCCGAGUGGUUUACGUCUCUGACUCCGUGACGCCCGUCCUGAACCAGCCGCAGUCGGAGUGGUUCGGCAGCACCCUCUAUGACCAGGUGCACCCCGACGACGUGGAGAAGCUGCGGGAACAGCUCUCCACCUCGGAGAACGCGCUGAGCGGCCGCAUCCUGGACCUGAAGACGGGGACGGUCAAGAAGGAGGGUCAGCAGUCCAUGAGGAUGUGCAUGGGUUCCCGUAGGUCCUUCAUCUGUCGGAUGAGGGCCCAAACAGCACAGCCAGCGGAGCUGGACGUGGUUCCUGGGAGAGAAAGCUUAGCCAGCUACGAGCACCCGCAGGCUGCCCUUCAGGCCGUGAGCACCCCUGGCGCCGAGCACAGCAAGCCUCUGGAGAAGGCCGAGGUCCUCUUCGGCCAGGAGCCGGACCCUCGCUUCAGCGAGAUGUAUAGUGGCAUCAGCCCAGACCGGACGAAGCCCAUUUCAGCCAACUCGGUGCCCACCAGCCAGCCCCUCUUCGCCCCAGGGAACAGUUUCGGGGCUUCCCGCCCGGCUGAGGGCUUCCGCAGCAGCAGCAGCCUGGCGCCCCCAGUGAACGUCCUGCAGCCUGGCCGGACGCACUCGACCUCCGCCGGACCCAUCCUGGCCCACCUCUCUCGCCAUGCCAGCCCCAGUCAGGUCUCCGGAAGCGCCUGGGCUUCGGGAUCGCGUCCGCCUUUCGCGGCCCAACCAGCGGCUUCCCAGCCAGUGAAGACUCGCCCCCCGUCGUUUGCCAUGGGCAGCUUCCAGGCCACGCCGUCCUCCUUCGGCCCCAUGCCGAAUCCCGGUUCCGCGGCCUCGCCAGCCGGUGCUCCCUACCCAAACCUUGCCGGUCGGAACGCCCCUUUCGCCGCUGGAGAGAGCGGGCAGAAUCCGGCCCCGUUCCAGGCGCGGACGGCGGAAGGAGUCGGCGUUUGGCCACAGUGGCAGAGCUCAGGCGAGUCCCAUGUCCAGCAGCAGCAGCAGCAGCCUGCCCAGCCGGAGGUCUUCCCGGAUAUGCUGUCAAUGCUGGGGGAACAAGGAACCAACUACAGCAAUGAAGAGUUUCCCGAACUGAAUAUGUUUCCGCCCUUUUCGGAGUAAGCGAGGGAGACGACCUGCCCCCCUGAUGGGACAUUAUUCUGUGUAGCAGCGAGGAGGAGGAGGGGAGGGGGGGUCUCUUCUUCGCUCCCCCUGACUUUUUGCAAAGAGCCCCCAAGUCUUCCUGUGUGUGUGGGGUGGGGGUGGGGAGAAGCCUCAUGGGGGAGUCACGAACACAGGCAAACUGAGAGGCUGCAUCUCCCCACCAAAUCUCUGGGGCUGCCUCCCUGCCAGCCCGCAACGGACGUUACUUUUGGAGACGUAUUCAAGCAAUCUUAGAAGGAACCGAAGGGGUGUAUUUUUUCCCCCCCUUCCCCAUCCAACAUGGGAAAAGAUGCUUGGGAAGGGAAAUGGUCAGCAAGGGGUUCGUCCCGCCCCCCCCUCUCCGGUCUUUAAUUUUUAAUUCUAUGGCGUAAUCUUUUAUACCUACCUUGUAUUCUCGUUUAUACACGUGGCGGGAGCCGAAUUUUGUCAAGAGAGGCUCCUGCUUCGAAGGCGGUUUUGUGACAGGGAGAACUCUACCCCCCCCCCGUGUUUCUUCCCUUGAUACGCGUGUCUCUCUUUAUCUCUCUCACAAGCAGUAUUAAUGAAAUGUGGGGUGGGUGGGGGUGGCUUGACAUCCCCCCCCCCCAAUCUCCUCAUCCGGUCCUUUUGUUGGUUAACUUGUCUUUCCACACUUCUUUCGGGCCACGUUGUGCUCUGCGCUUGGGAGACUGUGCUGGCACAAUCUUCUUCGUAAAAAUCCCCCUUUUGGUGGGGGGGUGGCGAUUGACAAUCAUGGUAGACUGCCAAGAGAAAAACGGUCCCUGUUUUAGGAAUAAUGUCUAGAGCCCCGAUUGAGGGAGGGGCUGUCCCAUUCUCGGAAAUUAGGGAAAGGAUGCUGGUUUAAUCCUGGAGGCGACCAAGGGAAGCUGGUUGGCAUCUUUUCAGCACUGAUUGGUUGCUCUCCAACCCGGGCGAUUAUCAUGGGUCGGGGUGCUUUCCGGCGCCCCCUUCCCUCCCCUUCCCGAUCUGUGUGAAGCCCUUUUCCUCUUUCCUUGUAUGCGCUUCCCCACGGGGACACCUAAAAGCCAUAAAAAAAAUUGCACAAAGAGCA